AUGGUGGACGACAAUUCGCAGGUUCUAUCGCUCGGUGAUCAGUUAGACGUCGCGUCGGCUCUCUCUGUGCGCUGUAACGAACUCAGCAUCUCAAUGGCCGGUGACCUUCGAGAAUCUGACGAGCCGAGUAAUAUGACUACCUCUAACUGGAGCUCUUGGUUACACUACGGCGAGCCGCUCUCGGUCGACGACUACCCUAAUCUCACGCAGCGCCCACCAGAGCUACCUCCGUUGGUACCAAUCGUCAUCUCGGACCACUCUGCUGGACCAAGCGGAAUAGACGUGGAAUCGGGCGGCGACACUCAGCUCGGCCUGGCAGUUCUUCUCGAGGAAUUGGAGCAGCUGGCCGUACAAGCCAAGUUACUUCCUAUCCCGAGACCUCCGACACUUUCUCUCACUGACCUUUGUGAUAUCUUGACUCUGCCCAUGGACAUCAGCAUCCCGUCUAUUGAUACGGAACUUGCCGAAGCGCACAUAGCUUAUGACUCGUCCCACACUGCUAGAAACGCUAUCUCGGCUCCUGCUCGAAUCACUGUCCGCGAUUUCGAUCAGCCCUCCGCCGAAGCGCCGCAGGCGUUGAGUAUCCGGCCUGUCGCCUUCGAAGACUCUGGCUAUGCCUCCGGACCCUCAUCACCUGCCUUCUCUGAGCUGUCUUACCACUCUGAUAUUGAACGGACUCCGCGCAGCUACCAUCGUCCUCGUGCACCGAGUCCUUUGACGCCCGUCACGCCGGACUUUGCUUCAUUCCCGUCCGCUCUUCCCGCAAUGCACUCCUCGUGCAGAGAGCCGGAACACACACCUGUCCGCACUGCGAAUCCAGAACAGUUCUCUCCCUGCUUGCCUACAACACCACAUACAUUACCGAAGUCUCACGCGUCAGCCCUCCGUUCCAGCUCACUCGAUGCUGCAAGGUCGGCGCAACCCAGCAAGACCAGGUUCCUUCCCAUCAAGAGCCUCAUUUUGAACCGCAAGCGCUCCCUCGCCGCGAAAGACUUGCAUCUGCCGCUCCCUCCUACAGAGCCCCUUCCACGCGUUUCACUAGACGCCCCUCGCUCCGCUACCUCUGCCUCGUUCCUGGACUUCAAGAUCGCGAAGCGCGGCCUGCGUCGGCGCAAUUCGGAAGCCUUGCUAUCCACUAAAACUCCAGUCGUUGACACGCUGCAGUAUGAGUCUUUCCUGUCGUUUUACUAGAGCUUUAUCGGCUUCUCUCGUUGUCGUAUACCCUGUUACUGGAUUUUUGCCCGUCUAUAUCCUUAUGCAUGUGUAUUAUUACCAUCCUGGUGUAUUCUCAUCAUCUAUGUUCGCUCCCGACCUCAAAAAU